AUGCCGGGAUCUCCGUCGUCGUCAUGGGCAAUGUACGGCUCUCGGCUUCGGAGCUUGGUGAAGCAUCCCAACAUGAGAGUCGUGGUUGCUUUCUGGCUUCUAGGCCUAAUCAACAAUGUGCUCUACGUAAUCAUCCUCUCCGCUGCCCAAGACCUCGUCGGCUCGCUGCCGAAAGGUGUCGUUCUCCUCGCCGAUGUCGUUCCCUCGUUCUUCACGAAGCUCAUCGCUCCAUACUUUAUUCACCGCGUGCCAUAUCCAAUACGAGUCCUAAUCUUCAUCGCACUAUCCGCCGGCGGCAUGCUGAUGAUUGCGCUUACUCCUCCAUCCAAGUCGGUACCCGUCAAGAUGGUGGGCGUUGUCUUGGCCAGCCUGAGUAGCGGCGGCGGGGAGCUUAGUUUCUUGGGGCUGUCCCAUUACUACGGACAUGCGAGCUUGGCGGGAUGGGGAUCUGGCACGGGCGCGGCAGGCCUCGUCGGUGCUGGUCUUUACGUGCUGUUGACGGACUGGUGGGGAUUCACUGUCCAACAGAGCUUGCUCUUCUCUGCGUGCCUACCCGCCAUCAUGUUCAUCAGCUUCUUCUUCGUCCUCCCGCUAGAACAGCUACGCCAAGGCAGUACGCUAAAAGAAUAUGAUGCUGUUCCCGGAGGGGACGUAGAAGACGAAGUGGAUGGGGAGCCGAGGGAGCAGGAACUGGCAGCUAGCACUUCUGCCCUGCUUGCGCCAGAGCCUUCCGUUCUGUCGGCGAACACUGCCUACGCGAUGAGCAAGGGCGAUGGAAACUCGCUCAAUAAUAACUUGCGGAGAGCCAAGUCGCUGGUGAUACCGUACAUGGCUCCUCUGUUUAUGGUAUACGUCGCCGAGUACACGAUCAACCAGGGCGUCUCUCCGACACUGCUCUUCCCACUCGAAUCGUCACCGUUCAGCGAGUACCGCGAGUUCUAUCCGUUUUAUGGAUUUCUAUACCAGCUCGGCGUCUUCAUCUCGCGAUCCUCUACGGCUUUCGUCCGUAUCCACCACUUAUACGUUCCGUCUCUGCUUCAAGUGGGAAAUCUCAUCCUGCUGACACUGCAUGCCAUGUUUUUCUUCAUCCCCUCCGUCUACAUUGUGUUCAUCAUCAUCUUUUGGGAAGGCCUCCUAGGCGGCGCCGUAUACGUGAACUGCUUUGCUGAAAUCAUGGAGAAAGUGCCAGCGGAAGAGCGAGAGUUUAGUCUGAGCGCUACGACAGUGAGCGAUAGCGGGGGCAUAUGCAUCGCGGGAUUGAUUAGCAUCUUGAUGGAGACGAGUCUCUGCGAGUACCAGGUCUCGCAUGGGCGGGAUUGGUGCCAGAGGAUUGGACCUGCGCACAACUGA